AUGGCAGAAUCUCUUCAAAACUCAGACGUACUGUCACGAGAAUGUGAAAAACUGAAUCUCCUUGUAACGUCGAUUAAGAAACAUAUCGAAGAGAGCGUUGCUUCUGCAGCAAACGACCUCAACGAAUGGAAGCAGUUAAAGGCAAAUCUGUCAAUGACAAAGGUACGAGGAAAAGUGUUACUCGACGUCGGCGGAAAAGAAUUUGCAACGACAGUUGACACACUUACGAGUGAAAAGAAUACGUUUUUUACUGCCAUGUUCUCAGGUCAGUGGGAAUUAGAAAGAGAUGAAAGAGGGCGUAUCUUUAUCGACAGAAACGGUGAUCUGUUUGCUGAGAUUCUGGAAUAUAUGAGAAAUCCUCGAAAAUAUGUGGUAUCCGAUGAACGCCUGCGUCAACGUUUGAUUAAUGAAGCAGAAUUCUAUCAGCUUCGAACAUUGUUAGAAAUUUUGACAGAGCCGGAAAGGAAAGCUGAGGAAGAGCGACAGAAAGACAAAUUCGAAGGUACAACGCUGCUGAAUGGAGAACAACAGAUGAAACUGAACGAAUUCUAUGGCAAAAACGAUCAACGCUGGCAGUUACUUUACAAGGCUACAAAAGAUGGGUUUGAUGCGGCUGCGUUUCAUCGUCUUUGCAAUAAUCAAGGUGCGACAAUGACAAUUGUGAGAUCAACAGGCGGAUACUUAUUCGGCGCCUUUGCUUCACGGAGCUGGACGUCUGCCGGAAAGUUUACCAAUGCUCCUAAUUCUUUUCUAUAUUUAUUAACAAACCCCGUUGGUAGUCAACCAACAAAGUUUCCUUGUAAAAGUAACGGUCAUGAUUUACACCACAACGGCAACUAUGGACCAACAUUUGGUGGCAAUCACGACUUGCAUAUCAGUAGUGGAAGUAAUGCAAACAAUGCCAGUUUCGGUAAUAUCGGCCACUCGUAUCUCGAUACACUCGGAUUUGGUUGUAACACAUUCACGGGUGCAUACAACUUCCAAACGACGGACAUCGAGGUGUUCAAGUUAACACAACAGUAG